AUGCUUGUAUCCAAGUUCGUCAAACUUGGGCACUUGCCAUGUCCAGAUGGCUGGAUGUCAUUCAAUGGUUCAUGCUAUUUGUUUGCCCACGGUGAUGUGAAGUUAACUUUCACUGGAGCUGAGCAAUUUUGUCGUCAACAUAGCAAUUCACAUCUUGUUCACGUCAACGAUGCCAUUGAGAAUGCGUUUAUCAAAGACCACCUUCGAGACCUGAAACCAAAUAACUGGUGGUUUGGACUCACUGACGAAGGUAUCGAAGGAGUUUGGAAAUGGUUCGAUACAGACACAGUCGCUUCAUUCACAGACUGGCAGCCCGAUGAUCACACAUAUAAUGACCAGGACUGUGCCAUAUUCGCCUCUUCAUACGACUUUAAGUGGGCAGACACAUACUGCACAUACACUUCGCCCAUGUACUUUUAUCCUCCGAUAUGCGAGACUUCGUAA